AGCUCCCCGCCCCGCCCAUCCACCGGCGAAUAAGCCCUCUCUCAGUGGAGCGCUUGGCCCGCCCCGGGGAAGCGGCAGUUCCGCCCGGUGCCUGCAGGCGGAAGAGCGGAGCGGGUAGCGACGCGGCGCGGUGAGCGGCCUCACCUUAGGCUCCGUGAGGUGGGGUUCGCCAUGUCGGCCGCCUCGAGGAGCUACAACCCCUUCGCCGAGGAUGAGGACGAAGAGGCGACAUGGGGCAGCAGAGAGGCGGGCGGUGCGGAGCGGCGGCGCUACCUGCAGCAGGAGGUGCUGCGCCGCUCUGCCGCCACCGCCGACAGCACCGCGCGCUCCCUCUCGCUGCUGUACGAGUCCGAGCGCAUUGGCGUAGCCGCUUCUGAGGAGCUCGUACGUCAAGGAGAGGCACUGAAGCGUACAGAACAAAUGGUCGAUAAAAUGGACCAGGACCUGAAGUCUAGUCAAAGGCACAUAAAUAGCAUUAAGAGUGUUUUUGGAGGCCUGGUUAACUACUUCAAAGCCAAACCACCUGAGAGCAAACCAGAACAGAAUGGGAUACCUGAGUAUUAUGGUAACAGUAGAUUAAAAGAAGCAAUGAUGUCUAGCAAAGUACAAGACUCAAAAUAUCAGGAAAGUCAUCCGAAUUUAAGGCGGCUAGAUAAUUCAGCAGAUAGUGAUUUCAGCAACGUAGAUUCGAUUUCUUCAGUGCAGCAGGAUGCCUAUCCAAAGAAUCAAUGUCUGAAAGCUUACCACCGGAAAAUUGAUAACAACUUAGAUGAGAUGUCUUCUGGGUUGAGUCGUCUGAAAAACCUAGCUCUUGGUCUGCAGACAGAAAUAGAGGAGCAAGAUGAUAUGCUGGAUCGGCUAACCAAAAAAGUAGAGAUUCUAGACAUCGGUAUUAAAAGCACGGAUAAAAAAAUCCGACAACUUUAAACAUCUAACAAAUUUUUGUCCAGCAUUAGUUCUUCUCGGUUGUCUUUUCUCAACAGAUCUCUUAAGGUCUUGGAUAAUAUAUCUUUCUUUGUCAUGCUGCUGAUUUUGUUGCCUUUAAGAGUGUAGCAUAAUACCUUAAGUUUCUUUCUAAUGUACAUGGGAAAAGUGCAUUUCAAGUAAGAUCUCUCAGCGCUCUGUUAAUUUUUUUGUAUUACUGUGCAUUGUGUGCAUGGAGGAGUUUAGAGUCUACAGAGCUUUGGUAUCCCUGCCCUGAAAGCUGUGAUGAGAAAAUUAACUACAUUUUGCCUUUUUUUUCCCCAGGAGAGGCAGAGAGAACAGGAUGUAUUCCUUUGUUCAGAGCAAGCGUUGCAAAUACUGCUUACCUACAGCUACUUUAAAUUCUGAAAAAAUGCCAAUUUCCAGCUGUACAAAUAAUUCUGAAGCAACUGUCUUCUAGCAUUUUUGGGACUUAAGGAACUAACUGUUCUAUAGAAGGUGUAAAGGUUAACUGUCAAGAGCGUAAUACAAGAAUGAUAAAAUCCUGUGCUUGUUCCUUUCCUAAGAUGACUUUUUCCAAUGAGCAGUGGUAUUUAUGAUUGGAUAGCAUAAAGCUGGUAGCAUUCAGUUAUUUUCAUUAAAUAUCUGUAAGGGUAUUUUAUGAUUUGCAAGAAAUGUUGAUUGGCAAGUACCCAAGAAGUCUGGGUAACAAAAAAAAAAAUCACAAUUUACACAUACGUACUUCCUAAGAUUCUUGUGUAGAAAUUGUCACUAUCUGCUCUCUUAUUUUCUGCCCUUUCUCAACUUAGGUAUGUAGGUGGUUAGUCUCCAUUUUAGAAAUGGAAAGUUGGUCUGAAACUGUGCAAACAGAUGAUAGGAAGUCAUUCCUUAAUAUUUGCUUCAGAUAGAGGCAAUUAGGGAGGGAGCAGAUGCUAUGUUCUCCUUUAUGUGACUGUUUUUAAGAAGCUCAACUAUGAUGCACAUACUCCUGCAUUGGCUUAGCAGGUAUGAAGAGUUCCCAUAGGUGAAGAGAAGUUUGAAAAGUUUUGAGUCUUCCAGAUACAAGUUGGGUCUUCCAUUUUGUUUUAUUCAUUUGUAAAUGUAACUCUAGAAUAAUUUCGUUUCUACUCCAGCCUGAAGAUGUGACAGUGAGAACUAGAUGUCUCUCUUGAAAGCACAAGAAAUUCCAGUUUGGACAGAACUUGUGUCAGUAUUGCAAUGCUUGCUAUCACAACUGACAAGGAAACGUUAAAAAAUAAUCACUUUGUGCUGGUGCCACAUUAUCUUCUGAAUUAAGAUAACUAAGGUGUUUAGAACUAUCAAGCUUGUAUCCUUUAUGAAUAUCACGCUUUUUUUUUUUUAAGGGAAUUUGUUACAUUGACUUCCUAUAAAGUUCACCCGACUGGUUAAGGAGACCUAAGCAAACUCAACCAUUUUCUGACUUACUGUGUCUCCUGGGAAUUCAAUUGUAAAGAGGAAUAAAUAAAAAAACAUAAACCCACACCUCUAAGGCACAGUGUUAUGAAAAAUACGUGGUAGAGUUAUGAACUGGAUUGAAGGUGAGCUUCUGUUUCCCCUUACCUUGCUGCUAUCAUUAAUUUAGUCCCUAGAAAAGAUAACAUUUGUAAAGACUUAAAACUACGUGAGCUUUUAAGCAUGAAAAGCAUUAUUUGCUUUCACUUUAAGGUAUCAUUUAUACUCAUAUUGAAUCUUAAAAAAAAAAAGAACUUAAUGUCAAUGUCACCAUUUACCUUUUUGGUAAGUGUCAUAUUUUUCUUUAACUGUUAGAAUAGUCACGAAUUAUAUGAUUUAAUGCCUUGAAAAGGUUUCGAGAUUUAUUUAUUACAUUAUACUAGUCAGUAGUUAUCAACAUCUGUUAACCACUUCCAUGAAGGAAUAUUGCAAUUAUGAUUGUAUUUGCUUUGAUUUCAUGUUUUUCUCACUCCCCAUUUUGGGAAAAGGGUGUGAAGAAUGGUGGUUUUUUUUUCUUAUCCCAGUACUGAUUAACAGAAACAUUUGCAUCUUAAAAAGGACUUAUAAGAUUUGUCAAGAACAGAGAAUAUUCAACAACAACCCACCACAGUAAAUACCUCAUUGUAGUUUGAAAUCUGCCCUCACUUAUAUGCAAGGGUUUCAAAAUUAAGUUUCCUCUAAAGUUAGACUUUGGUAACUUAGAUGUAGGUUGAGGUUUUUUCCCCAUUAAGUUCGGGUUAGUGGAGGAAAAGUGUAGCUAAAAGAUCUAGUUGCGUUAAAUGAAAUUAAUGUGAAGCUUGACUCCCAGCUAAAGUUUUAGUUUAACUGAAUGUUGUUUUAACAGUAUGCUGUCUUUCUGAAGUCAGCUCUUCCUUUUUUAAGUCUAAAUUAAUUCACAUGAUGAAUUCAAUUAUUUUUGUCAACAGUUCAGUUGUAUCAGCUUUAUUAAAUGCUUCUCGAUCCUGAACAUCUUUGAGGGCCUUAAAAACACAGGCAAAGGAGGGAGAAAUUUUGUAGCUCCCCCUAUUUCUGCUUUGAGAACUUGAUAAUCCAAGCAGACUAAGAUCGCCAACAUGUGGAAGAUGCACAGAAGACUAACUUCUUAUCUCUUUAAGAAUCUAAUUCACUGUCUUAAUAACAUGUUAUAACGCUGUAAUGGAAUGAAAAGUAUGGUGACAAUAGCAGGGUGACACAGUCUUUGGCUGUAGCAAAUCAGGACAAGCCCAAAUACAGCAACUACAGACACAAAAACAAAGGAAAAAGCUGCUUACCUUUAGAAGGCCUGAGGUAGGAAGAGACCUCCAGCAAGACACCCCUACCUCCACUGCCAACCCUUAAAUGAAGUCUGGGAAGGGGUGGAUCCUGGCUCCGCCCCCUUCCGGUCACUCAGCUGCAUUGCACGCACCUGAGCUCCUCUGAGUUGGUCCUGCCUUCCCACCAGUGCUUAAUCUCUGCUUCAGGCUGUGACUUAGCAUUUCUGCUACACGUCUCUAUUUUCUUGGUGCUUCUGCUUUCCUGGUCUGUUUAUUACUUUUGUUUUGUUUAAUAGCCUUGUUUUAAAGGAUCGUUUCACAUGCUGAGUUUUCUUUCUUGGGGGAAGAAAAAUGUUCAUGGGUACAAUGAAUAUUUGCUACAAACUGAAUUACCUUUCUCAGCUUUCAUGUUUUAUGUUUUCUGCUGAUUUACAUGAAGAAACAACAGUAUUUUGUAAGCGUGUUAUUUUUUUCUCAUUAGACUAACUUUCUCUCCUGCAGGAAGGUGGGAAUUCAAAGGUAGGAAAAAACCCACCGUGAUCUUUGCCUUUCUAGGAAAUGUCAAUUUAUAUAUAUAAUGAAGGACUUUCUGUAACUUUUUGUACUCUUUUCUGUGAUGAAGUACAAUUUUAUUUCUUUUUGGAUGCUGUUGAAAAACUUACUUUGUAUAAGAUAUAGGACUUUCAGAAGACUCAAGUGCUAACUUGAUUACUUAAAUUGUUUUGCCUAAGUGUUUGUGUUGGCAUAAGAAAUUGGUGUCCUCGCAGCAAAAUAGCUCUAAUUAAUAUUAUUCCUACUGGCUUGAGUAGAAGCCUAAUGCUAAGGUCAGAAUAAGAGAGGAAAAUAUUCUUUUCAGUCGUCUUUGUAAAAGGAUAUGUCUUGUUUCUCAGAAAGUUUGCUAAUAAAUUUUUGAAGAGUUGUUAAACUCUGGGAACUAGCAUACGCUUUCUAACAUACCUAUAAUAAGAUAUACACUAAAAACAGGAAGGAGAAAAAAAAAUGGGAAUAGCCAGAUACAUUUACUGGUUUCCUCAGUGAGUAUGAUUUUUAAGUUGCUUGAGUGUUGAAUUAAAACGAAUUAUGCAUAGCUGAAUUUUAGUCCGUACUAUGAAGAUGUGUUGCUGUGCUGAACUCUUGUCUUACUGAAAUUGCUGAGACACUGCACUGUGUCCCAUUGGGACGCAGCAAGUGUGCCAUCCAACAUUUCAAACAGAAACUACUGCCUUUAUUUGGGUUAUAUAUAAAUGCUGUCUAUAUGAAUCUGGUCUUUCCCUGAAGAAGGUUUUACAGUUGGUGGUGGUGUUUUUUGUUGUUGUUUUGAUUUUUAGUAUGUGAAAUUUAUCUGAAGUAUUUUGCUGCCUACUAGCUUUUGUGAAGUGAUGUUGUUUGUUAAAUGGUGAAAUAGAAAAUACAACCACUCUGCCUUCUGAACAGAUAGACCUUUAUAGGCAUUUUUAGAAGCAUAAUGUUAUAUGGAGGAGGUGUAUUAAGUUUAACUCUGAAAUAUAUGGAGUUUGAUUUUCAAAAUCACAGGUAGUGACUAGUGAUUAUUUGUCUACAGCCUUUUCUUUUCCUAACAGUGCUUUAGUUCUAUGCCACCCAGGUAUAUCACUUGCUUUUUCUUCUAUUUAAAUGUUAAAAUGGUCUGCAAUUUAGAAGAUUGAAUUAAAUAAGUGCUGAAUGGUAAGAUGGUUAAUAAAGAUGUUUAUUGUUAA